AAAACAUCUCCAACCCACUCUUCAUCGCCCUUACCCUUAGGUACCCUAAGAGCAGUACAUCACCCUUACCCUUACCCUAAGAGCAGUAUCCUUAGAGUAGUUUACGAUUCAUCAUUCCCGGCGAAUCUGAAAUGGAUGACCCACGAGAUCCUUCUCCCAAGGCCAGCUACGAGGCUGCCCAGGUCCCCCCGCCCGCUCCCUUCUCAAGCUUCCGCGAAUUCUACCACACAUGUCUAAAGGUGCCGGCAGUCGAUGACAGCGGAAAUCUCAACCCCGCGCUGCUCUGGCUCGGCCAAUAUGGCUACUGGGCUCAGUCGCAGAAACUCGGCAUUCGUGAUACCUGGGGCCUCUUCUCCCCCGGCCACGGUCGUCUUCAAGUGGCGCAGGCCGAGUUGUUCUUCACUUUUCUUUUCAUGAUCGUUCCAAUAUGUGUUGGGUGCAAUUUGGUCAGCAUUGGGGUCUGCAUCAAGAUGGGUUGGUUUGCCAUGCCGGUGGCGUUGACAGCUAUUUACGUUGGGGGACUGGUGGCCAUUUGGUGUAUCAUGCUAAAUGCAGCAUGCCAGAAGCCGGGAUAUCAAUGGAAAGACUGGAAGCUGCGGCAGGAUUGAGGUUGGAGGUAUCAGCAUCGUCGACGCGUUGCCAUCCAGCACCAGCGACACUAACUGUCGUUCCUACCUAGGCACCUCAGAUAGCUGGGAUUAGCUCUCCCGAUUUUUUUUUUCACUUUAUGCUGAGCCUAAGCUCAAGGAAA